UGCCCUUAUAACACGUGCAAUCGCCGGAAUAUAAUAUGUUUUGCGAGCAUAACGUUUUGAAGUUUGGUUGGAUAGCGUACACGAGUUUUCCAUAGGCAGUUGCCUUGCACUUUUCAUCAGCAUUUUCUCUUCGCGCGUAUUUUUAAUAAUAAAUUUUUUUAUUUUGUGAAUUGUUUAGUGGGAAUUCGAUAAUCUGGAAAAACGCAUGGUGAUCAAGCGUUCGGAUUCAUUGAAAGAUGACCAAGUAUUCCACCGCGAUUCCAGCCACGCUUAUCCUAUCGCUGUUUUCUUCGGUUGUUCAUGGACAAAAUCACAAUGACCGAAAUGGAAAACUUUUAAAAACAUCGAACGAUUUCCAAUGUUUUUCCGAUGGACUUCACGAAGAUCCAAACGAUUGCUCAGUAUUUUACCGUUGUAUGGACUGGGGAGAAUCGUCUGAAAAUUCUAUUCAAUCGAGGUUCACUUCGAUGAAAUUUCGAUGCGCCGAAGGAACUGUGUUCGAUAUUGAACGGAGCAAUUGUGUGAAUAUCGAUGAAACGUCGCGUUUAGAAUGUCGACAAUUAGCCGACGACGUAACUUUUAGCCGAAUUUUCGAACGUCAAGCCGGUGAACCUGAUUAUGGAGUUGUACAGCCUUCAUCCGAGUACAACCAACCAUAUCAACCACCUUCUUACAACAGGCCUGGACCUGAAGAGCCUAGUGAACAAACUCCUGGUGAUUCAGGGUAUGGCGAUGGCAGCAAUAAUGAGCCUCCAUCUUCUUCAACAUCGCCACCUUGCGAAGCUGAUGGAUUUUUCCCCGUCCCCAACGACUGUACUCACUUCUACAGAUGCGUCAGCAGUGGAAAUGGAUUUUUAAAGUAUGAUUUUUCUUGCGGGCCUGGAACAGUUUGGGAUCCAGAUAAUAACGCUUGUAAUCAUCCUUGGGCUACAUCGCGACCAGACUGCAGAUCAGGUACUGAUGGAAAUCAAGGUGGAUCCGAAACGAUUGAAAUUUCAGAAUCGCCGGAGACAGCGGCACAGGUAGCAGAACCAAGUUCUACAACAACUGCGGCUCCUACUACAAAUAGACCUACAACUCGCCCAACUCAAACAACCACAUCUUCGUCGUAUGGUAGACCGUCGUCGACUACUUCUUCGUCAUACGGUAGGCCAACAUCAACCACUUCUUCGUCAUAUGGCAGACCAUCAUCCACCACCUCUUCAUCAUAUGGUAGGCCAUCAUCAGCCAAACCCUCGACUACAACGACUAAACGAUCAACUGCUGGUGUUUCAAGUACCACAACAACUACAGAAACUCCAGAUAGUACUUCGCCUGUAACCGAAGGGUCAAAAGAAAAUAGUACUAAUACCGCAAAUUCGUGUACUGCCGAAGGUUUUUUCCCCGAUGAAAAAAAUUGUACUAAAUUCUACAGAUGUGUUGACGAGGGUAAUGGAAAAUUCACCAAAUACGAAUUCGAGUGCGCCGAAGGCACCGUAUGGGAUGUUCAAGAGACUACUUGUAACUAUCCACAUGCCGUGCAAGCUGAUAAUUGUAACUCUACUAGCUCAGAAUCUCAAACUUCUACUACUGCUGGACAGUCUUCGGCAUCGACAUCUUCCAGUUCUCAAACAUCUAGUCGUCCUCCUACUUCUAGCACAUCGUCGUCUUACAAUAGGCCUACAUCUCAGCAAAGCACUAGUUCAAACAAUCAACAAUCGUCUUCCAGUCAAACAACCUCAAGCUCGAGUCAAACAAGUUCAAGUUCAAGCUCGAGCCAAACAACCUCGAGUUCAAGUCAGACAAGCUCAAGUCAACAAACCUCUAGUUCCAGUUCCAGCACUUCUAGUCAAUCCUCUUCAUCCAAUCAGCAAACAACUAGUAGUCAGCAAUCCAGUAGUUCUACAAGUAGUGCGUCAAGUCAAAACAACACCACUGCAAGUAACGCAACAUCCACUGCCUCUUCUAAUAACAGCAGCCAAACAUCAAAAAGUGAUAAAUGCGAAGAAGAAGGAUUUUUCCCAUCAUCUGAAAACUGUAAUAAGUUUUACAGGUGUGUAAGCAACGAAGCAGGCGGUUUUACGAAGUAUAAUUUCAAUUGUGGCCCCGGAACAGUCUGGGAUCCUGAGAAUAACGUAUGUAAUCAUCCGUGGGCUGUAAAAGAUGAAAAAUGUAGAUCAGGUGGACAAGGCACGACUCCAUUGGGUGAAUCUACCACAGAAUCUGUGACAUCUUCCACUCAGAAUGGUACAUCUCCAUUAUCGACUCCUACGACAGAAGGUUCAAAAACUACCACAACGACUCCAUCCGCAGAAACUUCAAGUCAAGGUACAACCCGACCUGCAGAAAGUUCAUCUCAACCCAGCACCCCACCCGCUACCACGACAGAAAGUUCAUCUAAACCUACAGAACCCUCAGAAAACAGCAAUGCUACUACGACUACUGAGCCAACAGACGGUUCCACAACUCCUCCAUCUAAUUCAACCGAGACCACCACUGAAGGCGGAUCUAAAAAUUCUACGAAGCCGAACAACAAUGGAAUAAAAUGCGAAAAAGCCGGAUAUUAUCCGAAUCCAAAAGACUGCAAAAAAUUCUACAGAUGUGUAGACUGGGAUGGCGACAAAGGUGAACGAUUUUCAGUGUAUCAUUUUGAUUGUCCAGAGGGAACAAUUUUCGAUCCCAGCUUAAAUAUCUGUAAUCACGAAGAAUCUGUAUACCCACCGCGAGACUGCUCAGGUAGUGGUUCUCAAACAACAGAUUCGCCAUCCACAUCGAAGCCCGACAACAGUACAACCACCGAAUCUCCGAGUACAACUGACAGCAGUAACACAACCGAUGUUACUACUGAUAUUUCCAGUGAACCUACUACUCUGCAAACAACAACUGAUGCAUCAAAUAAUACUACCGAGCCAAUAACUACAGGGCCAAGUGAAACAACCCCUCAGGUGACCACACCGUCUGAAUCAACGACGAAAAAAGAACCCGAAACUACUACUAAUGCCAUCACAACAACUCCCUCAGACACAACUACUCCUUCACCAGCAACCACUACUCAACCAACAACUCAACCUACAACUACAGAAAUCUCAACUACGCCUUCAUCAAGUGAAACGUGCCCUGAACUUGGACCCGACCAAUAUGCUUUGGUGUGUCCCACUGGAUUCCGCCGCCAUCCUAAAUAUUGUAACCUCUUCUAUCAAUGCACCGUUUCCAAAACUAUGGAUACCAAAAUAGUCAUAUUAUCCUGUGUAAAUGGCACACUUUACGAUGAAAAGAAAAUUCAGUGUUUACCUCCAGACGAAACUAAGAAAUGUGAAGGUAGCAUGAUGGCAGAUGCCAGGAACUUGAAAAAAACAGAUGAUUCAGUUGCUCCAAUCACAGUGAAAUCUGACAAACCAAUAUGUCCAAACGAGGGAUUAUUUUCGUAUAAAGAUGACUGCAGAUUGUUUUAUAAAUGUAAAAAAGACGAUCAAGGAAAACUGAGCGGUUUCUUAUACCAGUGCCCAGAAGGGUUCGCUUUCUGGAGUAUUUCGAAGCGGUGCGAAAAGACAGAAAAAGUGCCAUGUGAAAACUCAAAGAAAUCACCCACAUCGUGGAAGUCAACCUUGGCUCCGGUAGAAAGUAGAAAUAUUGGUUUUUAGAGGUAAAAUUAUCGAAAUUCCAAACAUUUGGUGAUAAAAGUGGCCAUUUAAAAAGUAGAAACAAGUACGCAUUUAUUAAUUAGCAGAUGAUAGAUAUUAUUGUAAUAAGUGUGCCUCCUAUAUUGAAUAAGUUGUACUUUGUACUCGUUUAAAAUUUGUAUUUAUUUCUUGCGUAAAUUAUUUUUGAAAUUUUACGCUUAUUAAAAAUAAUUUUCCCAAGUCCAUGCAAUGAAUAUCAGCUUCUCCUAACUGAUUUGUUUUUUCUUCAUUUUUAAAAUUUUUCUCUUAAAAAUAAGUAGGUACGAUAGUAUUAUAUUUUAAUAUUGUAUUAUUAGGAGAAGCCCAUGUUCGUCGCAUAUUUAUUGUCGUAGCAAUAACUCAACCUCUAGUUUAUACUUAGACCUUUAAAUUAUUGUUUCUCUUACUGUGAUAACAAUGCUUCGUUUAAUUGAUACUUAGGUAUUAUAAUGUAAUGAGUUUUGUACGAAUUUUUCAAAAUAGUAUCUCCAAUCAAAAAAGUGUAGCCCAAUUUACCUACAUUAGUCAUGUCAAAUACUCUCUUUUUGCAUGAGCAAAAAAAUAAUACUUUUAGCCUUGGAUCACGACCCUCGAAGGUCGUGCUUGGAUGCAUUUUUAGUUUUAAAUUCAUGUAUUCGUGUAGCUUUGUUUGUAAAUAUAGGUAACAUGGAUUCGUAGUAGUGACUAUGUAACUCUUCGAAUCAAAAUUACAUAUAAAGAAUUAUUUUGAAAUUAAUGAAGUAAAUAUUUGUAAUUUUUGUA